AUGAAGGUAGACGCGAACCUCAUCCUUAACCCCAUCAAGGGCCUCGUGGACUAUGCUGCCGAUGCUGAUGCCCCCCUCGACCUCGAUGGCGCACAGCCGAGACAUCCCUUCCUCACACGUGAGCCCGCGUUCAUCAAUGCUGUGAAAAACUUGCAGGGACCCGGCAUUAAUGACUGUCUCUUCCUCUCGAGUGUCCCCGCUCGUUCGUCUGUAAUUGGUGCUGACCAGGUUGCCAUGGACAUCAUCUACAACAACCUCCCACACCUGCCCGCUGACAUCCUCUUCAUCCUUGCCAGUGCUUCUCCCUCUGCGCCGUCCCUGUUCCAGGGUGUCAAAUAUGUGUACCACAGCGCAGACAGGAGCAACUACAACGUCCUCUCCACGAUGCUCGGCAAGGCCGGCACCCCAUACACGUGCUCUGAAGGUGUUGUAUGA